AUCAAAGGCGCAAAUCAAGACUCCUCCAGCAGCUUGGAAUUUUAUCUAACUUCAAACAAACCAAUUGCCACUCUAUCAUGACUGAACAAGUCCGAUUUGUCACUUUGGACGUCUUCACGUCACAGCCGUAUGCCGGCAAUCCACUUGCCGUGGUGUUCCUCCCGGACUCAAACAAGCCGGCUCUGACACAACAGCAGAAGCAGUCAAUUGCGCGCGAGUUCAACUUGUCAGAGACCAUAUUUGUCCACGCUGGUAAGGGAGAGAAACGCACUAUCGACAUCUUCACCCCAGACAGCGAACUCCCAUUCGCAGGCCAUCCCACCAUAGGAGCUGCCUGCUGGUUUCUAUAUCUUUCGCCAGACGAAGGAGACAAGGAAGCCGUCAAGGCCCUGACCACCAAGUCGGGGGAUAUCCCCAUAUCGCUGCAAUUGCGACAGCCGUCACCUGCAGUAACUGCUAGAAUCGCACAUAAUACGCGGCUGCACCAGUCCAGAUUUCCGCUCCAGCAACUGCUCCGAUUGCACCCUUUCUUGUCUGGCUUUUUCGGUAUAACCGGUACCGUGGAGCCAGCUUUCCCCAUUUUCUCUAUCGUCAAUGGGAUGAGCCAGGUCCAUGUCGAGCUGCCCUCUCUCGAGGCUCUCGCUGCCGUCACCACGGCCUCGGGAGGUGAGGUUAUCUCUGCGGGCUCUGGCUAUCUGGAUGAAGGUUGGGAUGCAGGUCUCUGUGUGACGUACUUUUAUGUACGCAAUGUCAAGGACCCACAGACUGGUGCAAAUACUAUUCGGACCAGGGCGAUUCUCGGAAACCUAGAAGAUCCAGCAACAGGAAGUGCGGCCAGCGGUCUGGCGGCUUAUCUGUCUUUGAUGGAGGGAAAACCUGGUCAGUAUAAGUACAACAUUGUGCAAGGAGUGGAGAUUGGCAGACGCAGUGAGAUUGGGGUAGAGGUUGUGGUCAACCAGAAUAACAGGAUCGACACUGUUGAGCUUCAGGGAGGCGCUGUCAAGGUAUCCGAAGGAAGCAUUCUACUGCCUCCGAAAUGAGUCAGUGCCUGAUUAGGCGCGAACGGGUUCACUCCUGGGCUGCAAUAUGACGAGAUGGCAAUGCAUGGUUUGUCUGAGCUGCGACGAGUUCUUCGAGUAUUCUGCGCGAUGCUUCUGAUGGUGAGAGCUAGUGAAUGAGAAUGAGCCCACGUGAAGGGCAUACUACUAUUCAAACUUGGUUGUCAGGUAGACUCAAGGCAAUUCACUACAGCUGCUCUCUCAAAACGGAUAUCUCCGGUAACCAUGUACUGUCAUCCUCAGGGUAAACGAUGAUAAAUACUACUGUCCAGCCUGUUCUUUCUCUUUAUCGAUCUCACCAUCUACAUCUCUCUCCACGGCACAUAUUACUAUCUUCAAAACAUAUUAUCUACCCU